AUGAAGCUCUUGGGAUUCCUGAUAGUUGGACUCAGUGCCAUCAGUGCUCUUAAGACUAAGGCUCUUCACCUUACAUGCGAGCAGGAGCUGAGGCCAUAUAGUGCCGUGGUAGAUGCUAACUGCAUGGCGUUUGCCCUGAACGGAAGCAACAUUCACGAGGCAAUCAAAUACCUCCAGGCAAUGAACAUCAAGAAGGCAUACGUGCUCUACUGGAACGACCAUGACCUCCGUGGAACUCCAAUGGUUCUUUAUGACAACGGAGCUCUUGCACCCUUCGACCCGUACACCAACACAGCGAAGUACGUUCUCUGUGUCGAGGCCUGCCCAUGCCCAGGGUCCAAGGCUGCCAGCGUUGGUGGGUUCCAGGCGGCUACCUCAUCCGAGAAGAUAUAUGUCGAGGGCAGUGCCAGGCCUGCCCAAUGCUCCGAAGUGUGCAUCGAGCCGGUUGAGCGCCGCCCCCACUACAAGAAGAUCGUCGUCAAUCCAUCUCCAAGCAACUGCAUUCCUUGCGAGCCCGAGUGCUAUGACUCUAGCAGCAGCAGCGAGUGCAAUAAGAAGAGAUGCAAGACAUUCCCAAGGAUAUGCAAAGAGAAGUGCGGAUCUAGGCGCCGUGGGUGCCCAAGGAAGGUCGAGGUCCUGAAGAGCCAGAAGACAUACACUUUCGACAUUGAGAAGUACAGAAGAAGGGGAGAGGUUGUUGUCAGAGUUUGCUCUAAGGACUCCAAGGAGAAGUUCGAGAGAUUCAUUCUGUCGAGGAACGGAGAGAUUAGGGGAAACAACAACAAGAACUGCAUUCUGGAGCCUCUUCCAAAGUGCCUCCGAUGCCCAGGACAGCUCCACAAGCUCAAGAAGCACAUCGAGCGCAAGGUCUGCCAGGAGGUCUGCAUGUACAUCAAUGCCAAGUGCGACAUCUUUGUGCUGGUCGGGGACUGCGACUUCUACAGAGUCGUGGUUAACGACAGGAGAAGAUACAGAAACCUCCACCUCAAGAAGGUUCGAGGACACAAGCUCCGAGAGCUUAUUAAGCACGGACUCUUUGGUGUUGAAUUUGGACCUCUCGAUCUCGAUCGCUGA